CCCCUCGUUAUGUCUCCGACUGGAAACACGCCUCCGGUAACGUUACGUCAGCUGUCGUCGGUGUGUUUAUUAACCGGUUUUUUAAAAAUGUCGGAGGCUUUGCUCCGGUGGUGUGUGGACCAGCUGCACCACAAGUUCGGGCUGGAGGCUUCUGAAGACAUCGUCCGAUACAUUCUGUCCAUUGAAAAAGCUGAAGAGAUUGAGGAGUAUGUGGGAGACCUCCUGCAGGGCACAGAUGGGAGGAAAGGGAUGUUUAUAGAUGAGCUCCUCGUCAGAUGGAGGAAGACUCAGCGACAGGCCACAGAUAACCCAAGUCUUUUCCUUCUCAAGGAAUCCGUCUCAUUGGCAGAUUCACAAGACAUGACCAAAGAUACCCAAAAGAAGUCUAAACGAAAGGGCCGUAACAAACAAGAAGUGAUGACUGUGAGCCAAACUGAACCUGAGCCAGAGGCAGUCAAAACCCCCAUUGACCUGAUGAGGGCCCAAGAAAACACGAGUGCUCCUUCAACGAAGAAGAAAAAUAAGUUUGUCAGUCUCUAUAAUAAAGAGGGACAGGACAGGCUGGCUGUCUUACUCCCAGGUCGAUAUGCCUGCGAGUGUCUUGCCCAGAAGCACAAACUUAUCAACAACUGCAUCAGCUGUGGUCACAUUGUGUGUGAGCAGGAGGGCUCGGGACCCUGCCUCUUCUGCGGCAGUCUGGUCUGCACUAGAGAGGAGCAGGAGAUCUUGCAACGAGACUCCAACAAAAGCCAGAAACUAAGAAAGAAGCUUAUGGGAGACUGUGGAGAAAGAGAUUAUCUCCCACACCAGGAGGCCACGAUGAAGGCUGGCUUGGAGAAGGCUGUCCAGCACAAAGACAAACUGCUGGAAUAUGACAAGAACAGUGUCAGGAGAACGCAGGUUCUGGACGAUGAGUCGGAUUACUUUGCUACUGAAUCCAAUCAGUGGUUGUCACCUGGUGAGCGAGAGAAGCUGAGGAAAAAGGAAGAGGAGCUUAGAGAACUUCGCCAUGCCUCUCGCAAGGACAGGAAGAUCACAUUGGACUUCGCUGGUAGACAAGUGAUUGAUGAGGGAAAGAACCUCAACGAGUACUACAACAAGUUGGAUGAGACUCUCAAGGCUAUGAGCAGUGACUCUACGCCAAAAUCACCGAUGUAUUCUCAAAGACAAGGUGGAGGGCAGGGCAACAGAGAGCUGGUCAAUCCCAACAUAUUGCAGUCUGCACCAGAGUGGGUGGAUGUCAGAGGCAAAGAGAACUACAAGAGAAACAUGGAGCAGGGAAAGAGUGCGGCGGAGGACAAGAAAGGAGAAGAACGUUCCAGGUUGAGGCUCCAGGACAAAGAGCUGCAGGAGAUGUCUGACGGGGGCUGGUGUCUCAGCAUGCACCAACCGUGGGCUUCACUACUGAUCAGAGGCAUCAAGAGGGUAGAGGGGCGAACUUGGUACACAUCCCACCGGGGUCGUCUUUGGAUUGCUGCUGCAGCCAAAACACCGACCCCCCAGGAGACUGCUGAGGUGGAAGCCAUGUACCGCCACAUCUACAAGAAAGAGCCCAGGUUUCCCAAAGAAUACCCCACCGGCUGCUUGUUGGGCUGCGUCAACGUGACCGACUGCCUGUCUCAGGAGCAGUUCAGACAACAGUUCCCUGGUACCUGUGAGGAGUCCUCUUCCCCAUUCGUCUUCAUCUGCACCAACCCCCAGGAGAUGCUGGUGAAAUUCCCCAUGAAAGGAAAGCACAAGAUCUGGAAGCUGGAGAGUCACUACCACCAGGGUGCCAAGAAGGGGCUGCUCCCAUCAGCUGCAGAGUGACGUGAGAGGAGAAGCAGAGGAAGAAAAACAGUCUGAUCUCACGGGAACAUGGAAAAUUAUGUUUUAUAAUAAUUGCCACAUUCUCCAUUGGGUUGUCCCAACAUUGUAUCAGGAGUUAUCAAUGCGGACAUAUUAUCAGUUUCAGCUCUGUUUCUGUUUUAAAUCACUGGCAUUUGCAUUUUUGAUAAAGAAUAUUGCUUAAAAGUAUACAUUACAUUGAUAUAUAAUCUUUUUGACAAAUUUCUACAGUCUGCUUUGUCUGUAUUUGAUUCUUUGCAGAAAUAAAAUGAUCUUUAGGUUACAUUUUGUGCUUUUCUUAUUCCAAUUAAAAUUUGUCAAGCAUAAAAGUUGAUCCUGGCUCGUGUGCAUAAUCCAAAAUCACCCAGCAACACACUGUUUAGACUAAUCAAAUACAUGCAUGUGCACAUUCCAUACCUUGUAGUCUCUGAAAAGCAUUGUGCUAAUUCUGUUGUUUACCUCACAAGCACUGAGUGGGAGGAGAGAAUUAUUGCUGCCAUGAAAACUUUUCAGAGUUGUAAAAUCCUGCCUCAAGGGAGUAGAAACCACCCUCAGACUCAUGAACUUAUUAUUGGACCUAAAUUUCUUGGAUGGCAUUUCAUCUACUCUCUCGUACAUGUAGCAUCACGCCUAGAAAAGCCUUGUUUUUUUGUUUUUUUUAGAUGCAAGGAUACAGCAUGUGUUGUCUCACCUGCGUCUGUGCUCCCUGGUGAACACUGGUUUCUUUAAAGGUACGGUAUAAGCUGUAAUGGAAAUAUGAUGUCUUAUAAAUCAUUGUAGCUUUUCUGGUACUGGCACAAAAAUCAGUUUCCUGUUCAAAAUGCCUGUCACCGGCUGUUCCCCUCGAACCAGAUUAUGUAAGAGAAUGAAUUUCCCUACGGGGAUCAAUAAAGGAUAACUUGUGUCUUUA